UCCGAACAACCACGUCGUGGCACCUUUAUCAACUCGCUGGCGGCCAACAUGAACUAUACAAUCCGCGUACGGGCCGGCAAUCAGUACGGCCUGGGAGAGCCGUCCCCGCCGAGCAUCUCGUUCACGACAUUGCCAAUGCCGCCAACCAAGACCGUGCGGAAUGUGACCGGUGGUGGUGGCAAACAUGGCACUCUGGUAGUCCACUGGGAGCCAAUGUCCCCCACCGACUACAAUGGGGCAGGCUUUCUAUAUCGCGUGUUCUGGCGCGCCAAGGGCGCUGUCGAGGAUGACAAGUUGAAUGUAGCACAACCUAAACAACUGGACGGUGGCAAGCGCCUGGAGACCACCAUCACACUGGGCGAGAAUCAGUACUUUAAGCCGUUCGAGGUGCGGGUACAGGCGGUCAACCAGGAAGUGAGUUUAAAGGGCAUAACCGAAUCAGUCGGGCAGGAUGCAGGCGUUUGUGGAGCGAAAUGCUGA